CAGAGCUGGUCAGGGGGGAUCGCCCACGUUUGCAUCUGGACUGGCAUCAGGCGGGUUGCUUGCCGAUGCCACGUCCUCCUGGGACGCCAAGGGCAUGGGGCCGAGUGGGGCGCCCGGUGCCGCAGGGGGCACAGGCGGAGUGUGUCCCCCUCCUGCCCGCUCACACGUGGCUGUGGGCUCUCGGCCCAGGAGGAAAGACGUCCUCGUCCUGACCCCCUGGCUGGCGCCCAUCGUCUGGGAGGGGACCUUCAACAUUGACAUCCUGAACGAGCAGUUCCGGCUCCAGAACGUCACGGUCGGGCUCACCGUGUUUGCCAUCAAGAAGUACGUGGUCUUCCUGAAGCUCUUCCUGGAGACGGCCGAGCAGCACUUCAUGGUGGGGCACAGGGUCCACUACUACGUCUUCACCGACCGGCCGGCCGACGUGCCCAGCGUGGCGCUGGGGGAGGGCCGCCGCCUGGUGGUGCUCGAGGUCCCGGGCGCCGCGCGCUGGCAGGACGUGUCCAUGCGCCGCAUGCAGAUGAUCAGCGACUUCUGUGAGCGGCGCUUCCAACGGGAGGUGGACUUUCUCAUCUGCGCGGACGCGGACAUGCGCUUCCGCGACCACGUGGGCGUGGAGAUCCUGUCCCCGCUCUUCGGCACCCUGCACCCCGGCUUCUACAGGGCGACCCGCCAGGCCUUCAGCUACGAGCGCCGGCCGCAGUCCCAGGCCUACAUCCCCUGGGACCAGGGCGACUUCUACUACAUGGGGGCGCUCUUCGGGGGGUCGGUGGCCGAGGUUCAGCGGCUCACCAAGUCCUGUCACCAGGCCAUGAUGGCCGACCGCGCCAAUGGCAUCGAGGCCGUUUGGCACGACGAGAGCCACCUGAACCGGUACCUGCUGGACCACAAGCCCACCAAGGUGCUGUCCCCGGAGUACCUGUGGGACGAGCAGCUGCUGGGCCGGCCGGCCGUCAUGAGGAAGCUGAGGUUCGUGGCUGUGCCCAAGAACCAUCAGCAAAUCCGCAACUGAGGGGCGCGCCCCGAGGCGCGGGGAGGGCUGGGGUCCAUGCUCUCUUGGGGCCCCCAGAUUGGAACCUUUAUGGCCGCUGGGCAUGACUGCUCUUCCCUUUUCUGUCCUGUGGAGGGAAACUGUGGAGGCCUGGCACUGCCCCAACCCCCAAAUACAGGCCUUGGGGCACCUCCACCCUGUGCACAGGCAUGCAGGAGACAGGCCCCAUCCCCUGGCACGGGGCCUGGAGUGGCCUGGCCAUCGCUCCCACUGGGUGCCCCUUGGGCCCUUCACUCAGGUGAGGCAGGUGGUCCCGGCCCCUCCUGACAAACAGGGGGUCCCGGAUGAAGUCACUCCAGGGAAAGGUGUGCCCCGCCCCGCCCCCCCGUGCCUCCCGUGUGCAGAAAACUCAGGAAAGCCAGUGUUUUCAAAAGGGCCGAGGGGCAAAUGGGCACUUCCUAUGAAAGGAAGCCGAGGCCCCAGCAGGUGCAGAGGGAAGUGGGCGGGGACCCUCUGGAGGACAGUGCGCAGGCCCUGAGGUCCCGCAGGCGGCACCUCCCGCAGCGCCGGUCCGAGGAGGCCACCCCACAGGCGUUCUUGCACAAUUUUUCAAAGAUGUAUUUUUGAGCGUCGACCUAUGAACCAGGAGGUCAUGGUUCAAUUCCCAGUCAAGGCACAUGCCCAGGUUGUGUGCUCGAUCCCCAGUGUGAGGUGUGCAGGAGGCAACCAAUCAAUGAU